GCAACAAUAAGCCGCCUCAGCUAAAGCCGUCGCCUACGUCCGAGUUCAGGCAGCGAGCCUUUAAGCGCUCGAGCGCCGUCGUUCUCCCAGAAUGCACCGCUUUGUUUUGGACGACCGCGUUCUCCCACAGUGCACCGCGGUUGUUUUCAUCCUCCGGCCAAGAUGGCCGCCACCGUCGCCGGCGCCACCGCCACCGCAGAGCUCCGGCCGCGCUGCCCCCUGCAACGCACCCUGCGCCCCCGGGAGAGUCUGCCGUGUGCCCGCGAGGGCGCGCGCACGUGCCGCGAGCCCCUCUACGUGCUGUCGCUUGAGCGCUACGCGAAGGACCCGAGCUCGGCGCUCUUCUUCCCGCAGGCCGCGAGCGCCUCCGAGUGGCUGUACGACGCCACGCUGAGCGACGGCGACUGUCGCGUGCGCGUCACGCUGCACCCGUGGCUCAACGCGCAACUCGAGACGAAUGCGCUGCGCUGCGGCUGCCGCGUGCGGGACGUCACCUUCUGCGCGGACGGCGAGGCGCGCGGGGACCGUGCCGGCGGCGCCUCGUUCCGCGUGCUCAGCCUGGCCGUGGACGCGGAGGCCGGCGCGGACGCGGCUCUCGAGGCCCUGAGCGCGCUGCGCGUGGACUCGCUCGCGUGGUUCGGCUCGGACGGCGAGGCGCCGCCGCCGCCGCUCGUGCCGCUGCGCGCGCGCAGGAGCUGCUACGUGCCGCUGUGGAACGAGCAGGACUACAGCGGGGCCGCGUGGAGCGAGAGCGAGAGCGGGAGCGCGCGGGGGGAGCGGAGGGAGCGGGGCUGCGGCUCCGGAGAGGCGCCCGACGAGCCCCGCGAGCCCGCCGUCACCCUGCACGCGGUGAGGCGGGCGUUCCGGCGCCGGGGCCGCGCUGUCCGGGGAGCGCUGGUGGUCCGGGUGCUGCGCAAGUCCCGCCUCGUCUUCUACGGCAAGGCCGAGAGCAGCUGCGAGUGUCCCUACAAGGCCGUGCUGGAGGUGGCCGACAGAUCGGGCCGCGCCGCCGCCGUCCUCUGGAACUCGCUGUGCGUGCGCUGGUACCGCAGCCUGCGCCCGGGACUCGUGCUGCGGCUCUCCGGGUACCGCGUGAAGGAGAGCUACGGCGCGAGGGCGGCGGGGGGCCCCCCGCAGGACGACAUCGAAAUCAGCCUGAAUUCGAGGAACCCGUCCGCCCGCAUUUGCGUCAUUUCGCCGCCGGACGUCCUCGCGCAGUGGAGCCUCCCCGACACGCCGUACGCCUUCCGCUGCGGGAGCGAGCUGCUGACCUGUCCUGCGGGGACCAUCUGCGAUGUCAUCGGCCUCGUGGUGUUUGCGGGUCGUCCGGAGCGCAUCAGGAGCCGUGAUGGAGCGGGGGCGGGGCUCUGCGAGUAUCGAUGGCUGCGAUUGGAAGAUGGGACCACAGCGCAGCCAAUCGCGAUCCAGCUUUUCUCCACGUCGCAGCCGGAAAUACAAAGCAGGAUCUACCCGAUGUCCAUUCUGGUGUGUACCAACGUCCAGGUGGUGAGAAGCGCAGAGGGCCGAGCGGCGCCCUCCCGGUACCUGACCAACACGUCCUUCACACAGGUAUACUGCACAGGCUCGGGCCAUCACUGCUCUAUGCCCUACAGGCAACUGCGCUCGGUGCGGUCCUUUCUCCAGUGGCUGCACACAGUGGACGAGGGCCACGUCCUCAGCAGGGCCCUCACUGGAGGCUACUUUGCCUUCCCGCCACUUCCUGUGUCCCUGGAGCACUUCCUGAAAGAGAUGAAGGGAGACCCAGGCCUGCUCAGUGGGGAGGAACUGAGGAGGGAGACAGAAAAGCUGCAAUACAGAGAGAGCCGCGGGUUUGCCAUCCAGGCCACGGUGACGUCCGUGUCGUACAGUGGGCUUGGAGAGGGGGAGGAACACAGAGCUCUGCGCAGGGCAGUGAUUCGGUCGCCUUCCGCUUCCAGCUCUUCCAGUGUGUGUGUCCAGCUCGGUCCCACGUCUCCUGAGCUGCAGGUGGCGGUGGGGUCUCUAUCAGGACACAGUGGAGUGUCCCCAAGGAAGAGGCUCUUUGGCAGCAUGGAGCAUCCCAGGAAGAGGCUGCCCUUACCCCUACCCCAUGCGCAGGAGGAUGAGGACGCGGACACAGACUUCAGCCUGUGGGAGGCAUCCAUGGAGUUCCUGCAGGAGGAUGCCGAAGACAGCAGCGCCGCGGAGCUCAUCCCGUCGGACGUCCCCCAGGGUCCCCGGCUCGGCUCCGUCCACGCCUUCAGGGAGACAGUGCCUCGGGCGUUCUGCCCCCUGCGGAGGGUCGUACAGGCAGCAGCCAUCGGCCUCCAGGCAGAGCGGCUACAGGACACGCUGCCUUGCAGGAAGCUGGACACAUUUGCGCCCGCACCGCGUGUCUACAGCGGGCAUUACACACUGACCCUGCGAGCUCUCAGUGACAGUGUCCUCAUAGAUGCCUUGUUCCUCCCAGCUGCCCCUGGGAACCCCCACUGGUGUCCCCACCCCACCCCGCACAACAACACCUGGGAGUCCAUCCUGUCGCACGGGGGCUUCUCCCCAUCCGUGCCCCCGCCCGCACCCUCCGAUCUGAUGGGCUCGGCACCCCAGCUCGGCGCUCGCAGGCUCAUGUGUGUGCUGCAAGUGUGUCACCUGGGUAGCGGGCAGCUUGAGGUGGUUCUCAGGUGUGCGUAUCCCCUGCGGGACUAAGGAGGUAGAGCACCUUCUCGCUGUGUCCUCCGAGUCCAUCUUCUCCUGUGUCGCCUGAUGUCAGUUUCGCUCUUAUUUACUGUAGUCAUGUGCCCUUUAAACACUGCGCUCAUGUACGAGUGCGAAAUGGUAGCGGUGCUUCUUCUGUUUGGUGUGAAGUGUCUGUUAGUAGCAGAUGGCAGCUUCUAGCCCUGCAACAGCUCCCCCUAGUGGCACCAGCUGCGUGUCCUCUGAGGAGGACGUGUUCAGAUGCCGGGGGCUGGGAUCCAUCUUCCAUCUGCUGUCUGAGUACAAGCAAUGAGGCUACUCUGGUAAACAGUGUUCGGAACUGUGUGAGAAGGACACCCGUGCUUCGCCAGUAUUGAUAACAAGGAUGCAGAGAAACGAGUAACUAAUAUUCCACCAUACAGUGUGGAGUGGGUGGGGAAGAGAGGGAAGCACUGUGAUAAACGGUGUAAACCCACCUCUUUUGUACCACAUUACCAUUUACUCCACAAACCACUUUUCAUGACCCUAACGUGGCCCUUAGAGAGAUGCCAAGGAAUCUUUAUUGGUUUCAUUCUUUGUUUUUCAAAUCAUUAUAUUUACAUUUAUUCAUUUAGCUGAUGCUUUUCUCC